AUGAUGAUACCGUUCAGCAUUCCUACAUUAGCGGGCUCAGAACUCCAAUAUGUUGAGCACGCUGUGCGGAAAGGCACCUUAAGUGGCGAUGGAGAAUACACCGUCCUAUGUCAAAACUGGCUGGAAAAGACACUGUCAGCCGCCAAAGUGUUCCUUACUCCAUCUGGGACUGCUGCUCUCGAUCUGGCGGCAUUGGUUCUGAACAUCCAGCCCGGUGAUGAAGUCAUUGUCCCCAGCUACACCUAUGUUUCUACGGCAAACGCAUUCCUACUUCGCGGGGCCUCGUUGGUGUUUGUGGAUAUUGUGCCCGAGACCAUGAACAUGGACAUACAGAAGCUCCGGGAUGCGAUCACUGACAAGACCCGUGCAAUCGUCCCGGUCCACUAUGCCGGGGUCGCUUGCGACAUGGACGCUCUUAUGCACAUAGCCAGCGAGCACGGGAUCUCUGUCGUGGAAGACGCGGCGCAGGGUUUGUUCUCAACCUACAAAGGUCGUGCGCUGGGCACCAUGGGCCACAUCGGAUGCUUCAGCUUCCACGAGAGCAAGAAUGUGACCGCAGGCGGGCAAGGUGGCGCGAUUCUGAUUAAUGACCCUAGCCUGGUCGAACGAGCGGAAAUCAUCAAAGAUAAAGGCACCGACCGCCAAAUGUUCCUGCGGGGAGAAGUACCCCACUAUACCUGGCAGCAGGCCGGGGCGAGCUAUACCCUGAGCGAGAUACAGGCCGCCUACCUUUGGGGCCAGCUUGAAGCGUCGGAUCAGAUACAAACCCGCCGUUUGGGGAUAUGGCGUUUCUACUACAGGGAACUCUCUACGCUAUGCAAGGAUGCACCCAUCACUCUGCCUCUGGUCCCAUCUUACUGCCAGCACAACGCACACAUCUUCUUUCUAAAAGUGGCGGAUGGAGAGCAGCGGAAAGAUUUCAUUGCCGCGAUGAAAGAAGCUGGGAUAACUGUUCUCGCUCAUUAUAGCCCUCUACACUCGACGGUCCCCGGCACCCAAGGUCGGCACGUCCUGGACCGACAGGACUUUGCAACCCGCGAAAGCGAGAGACUUGUUCGCCUUCCGAUCUUCUACACGAUGACCAUGGAGCAAGCACGCAAGGUGGUGGAAACGGUCGAGUGGUAUUUCAUGAGGCGAUUGACGCAUAUCUAG